UUCUUCUCCACUCCGUCUCUCCUGCUCAAGCGCGGUAGCCGCUGACAGCAACAGCAGAGCACAGAGAGAGAGAACGAGAGCGAGAGAGAGAGAGAGAGAGAGAGAGAGAGAGAGAGAGAGAGAAAGCAAGAGAGAGAGGGAGAGGGAGAGAGAGGCAUCACGCAUUCAGCCAUCCUUUGUAAGUCAUCUACACAGUGUCAGAAAUAAGGGGACAUUUUUGGGAGGGGUGAAGGGGUCUGGGAAAUGUACUGACGUGAGGAAAAGGCAAGCUGACUGAAUAACAACAACAACAACAACAACAACAACAACAAAAUACCGACAGGAGAAGAAGACAUUAAGAAGAGAAGAAGGAGCAAAGAACCCCAGGAUGCAUGUGUAGCCAUUCCUCUUCUCACGGUGUGUUGCAGAAGGUGUGAAGUGCCCUGCCCCAGUAUCAAGGUGACAAGAUGUGAGCAUGGCUUGCUGAUUGUCUCACCCGUGGCCGAGAGAGCGGACAUUAUCACCAAGAAGUGUCACAUGCUGCACUUGUCUCCGCCAAUGGCACGGGACACCAAAGAGGAUGUCACCCUAACGAAUUUUACAUUACCUUAGGGCCAAGUGUGCAUUUCAACAGGACAGAAGAGUGGAAACUAGACAAACUGAAAACUGAAAAAAAAACAACAAUAAAAAUUUAAAAAGUUAAUAUCAUUGAAUUCAACUCAAAAAGGAUGCCACAUCUAACUUUAAAAUUUUGAAAAUAAUUUUAUACUAAAAUAACUGGGGAAUUAUGAGAAUUUCCUCUAAAUUUAUAUUCUAGCAAGUUACUAAAUGCAACAGAUAAACUAAACUAUUAAUUAUCAAGACAACACCGGGGGAAGGGACAUAAUCUGCAUUGCUGUCAGACCAUAAGAACUGAACAGGCACUGUUCAACGGCUACUUUGCUGAUUUCUUAUCAUCUAUUCAUAUAAAGUCCUCACUGUGGGUGCUCUGCCUAAUCAUCGUGUAAGAAACACUCUUGUCUGAGGCUGCGUCCUCCAGCCACAGCCAAAAACAAAGCCGUAAACAACAGUUAUUAAAACUGGACUUGAUGGGAAAAGGCAAAACACAAUCUCUGUUGUGCUAGGCCUGGGAUAAAUCUGGAGUGUGCGGUUAUCGUAUCCAGUGGAUCACGUCAUUCGAAAUGAAAAGCAGCGGCAUGUUUCUGGUGCAAGCCCACCUCUUCCUGGGUGUGGCCAGUGCCUUAGUCAUUCACUCCAUGCCCUGGAAAGUGGCCUGCCCAUACCAGUGCAUCUGCCAGAUCAAGCCGUGGUACUCCCCACAGUCCGUGUACAGGGAGGCCCCCACCGUGGACUGUAACGACCUCCUGCUGACCCAGCUCCCCUCCUCGCUCCCCCUGGAGACUCAGACACUGAGGCUGCAGAGCAACCUGAUCAGUGCCCUGGACCAGACCGAGCUGCAGGGCCUGGCCAACCUGACUGAGCUGGACAUCUCUCAGAACAGCUUCAGCAGCACCCGGCACGUGCGGAUCACCGGCCUGCCCACCCUUCUCAGCCUGCACAUGGAAGAGAACCAGCUCCACCACCUCCCGGAUUCUGCGUUUUCGGGCCUACCCAACCUGCAGGAGCUGUACCUCAACCACAACCGGCUCAGGAACAUCUCCCCGGGGGCUUUCAAGGGGCUGGACAACCUGCUGCGCCUCCACCUCAACUCCAACCGGCUGGUGGUGAUUGACCGGCGCUGGUUCCACGCCCUGCCCCGGCUAGAGGUCCUUAUGAUCGGGGGAAAUCCGGUGGAUGCGAUCCAGGAUCUCAACUUCAAACCCCUGGGGUCCCUCCGCAGCCUAGUUCUGGCAGGAAUGGGUUUGCGCGAGCUAUCCGAGCGGGCGCUAGAGGGACUUCUGAACCUGGAGAGCAUCUCCUUCUAUGACAACCACCUGACCAAAGUCCCCAAAGAGGCUCUUCAGAAGCUGCCGGGUUUGAAGUUCCUUGACCUGAACAAGAACCCCAUCCAGCUGGUCCAGCAAGGUGACUUCAGGGACAUGCUGCAUCUAAAGGAGCUGGGGCUGAAUAACAUGGAGGAGCUGGUCUCCAUAGAGCACUCUGCCAUGGAGAACCUGCCAGAGCUAACCAAGCUGGAGAUCACAAACAACCCCAGGCUGUCCUACAUCCACCCCCAGGCAUUCCAGCGCCUGUCCAGCAUGGAGAGCCUGAUGCUCAACAGCAACGCCCUGAGUGCCCUCCACCGAGAGACAGUGCGCUCCCUGCCCAGCCUGCAGGAGAUCAGCCUGCACACUAAUCCCAUCCGCUGCGACUGCCUGAUACGCUGGGUGGGAGCCGAGGAUGACAAGCCGGUCCGUUUCAUCGAGCCGCAGUCCACAUUCUGCUCCGAGCCCCCCGAGCUUAAAGCCAGGAGGCUGAAGGAGGUCUCUUUCAGGGAGAUGGCUGACAGCUGCCUGCCCUUAAUCGCCCCGGGCACCUUCCCCCCAUAUGUCCAAGUCAGACACAGGGACAACCUAGCCUUGCACUGCCGAGCGCUGGCUGAGCCAGAACCAAGCAUCUACUGGGUCACCCCGAAGGGCCUGAGGCUCUCACCCUCCUCGAGUCAUGGACGGUACCAGGUCCUCACAGAGGGCACUCUGGAGAUUUUCGGAAUCACCGCGGAGGAAGCAGGGUUCUAUACCUGCGUGGCUCAGAACCUGGUGGGUGCCGACACUCGGAGCGUGACAGUGAGGGUGGAUGGGGGGGGCAAGGCGCAUCUCAUGAGUGGCUGGCGGGUGAAGGACAACCUGGAGGUGAAGGAUGUCAGGGAACGCUACGCCCUCUUGGCCUGGCCAGCCAGCCACAACGUGCCCUUGGCCCGGCUCUCCUGGCUGGCUAAUGAAAGCAUAGAGGACCAUCACAGGCACAGCACCCGCAUCCUGGCAGGUACCCGGGGCUUCAACCUGACCCGUCUCCAGCCUGGGACCCACUACAGAGUGUGUCUGCACCUGGGGCCGAACGACACCUCCUGUGUCCACCUCAGGACUAAAGAGGUCCCUGUGCCUGCAGCCUCCCCCGACCUAACCCCAGCCGUGCUCCUGGCUGCCUCAGCCUUGCUUCUCCUACUGGCCGCUAAAGCUUGUCAAGGCGGAGCCUCGCUCGGCUGGAAAGAGCAAGGACAAGACCCCGAGAAGUCGCACGCAUCACUUCUGUCUGAAGUCAAGGGCCAAACAGCCAUGUCAUCCCUACAACAGCAGCAGCAGCAGCAGCAGCAGCAGCAGCAGCAGUGCCCAGCUAAGGACUCCACAGACUGCAGCAGCACAGAAAGCAGCAACACUCAGCACGCACAGAAUGUUCAAGGGGUGUCAACGGAAUCCCGUUGAGUUCAGAGCUCCGAUUAAAACACAUAACAACAGAACAGGAAACAUUGUCUGCAGUGCUCAUGACCAAUUUUCCACAUACAAAAAGUACACCAAACACAUGGGUGGAUGUCAAUCGCCAUCAAAUAAGAAAUGUUCCAAUAUCCGGUAUGAUAUUGUAAAAACAGAUAUGAUUUGUAUUUAUUUUAUAUAUGAAUAUAUAUAUUAAAAAUUUGUUUGUUGGUGUAUUCAGAUAUAUACAGAGAUUACUCACGCAGUGGUGUAAAACUGAAGCUAAAAGGUUCCAUCACUUGAAGUUUUUUUUGCAGGUAAUGAGUGCUUCAAGCCCGCGCUGUGUCACAGCAGCUGAAAAGGAAAAUCAAGUCAAAAGAUAUUAUACGCCUAUAUUUUUCUCAAGUGUGUAACAAAAGACUGAUGUGAUUUGACAGGCAGUUCAAGAUUUCCCUUUUCUAAAGUUUAAAUGCAACAUUUGAAGUAGGUCAACCUAUGUGUCUCAAAAUAGCACCAAAGGACGCAAAAAAAACACUGUAGUCAGAGGAAAAAACCCUUCAGGUACCACUGGAGAUAUUUUAAAUACCCUUUUUAUUUUUGGAGAUUUACAAAUGACUGUGUGAAGAGGGAGAAGACGAGCUGAUGAUUCCAGCUGCACACUGACAGUGACUUAAGCGUUAUUAGAGCCAGGCGUUUCCAAAUCCGCGUUGCAUAACCACUCUCUUUGUUUUGCGCCGAUUGUGUGCUUCAAAUCCAGCCCAGCAGGAUCCUACGAUCUCUCACAACAUUUAAUCUUCCUGCUAGGACGUUUAGGGGGUGCACACGAACGGGAGCGUGCGAAGUGAUCUGGUCAGAAGAGCCCAAUGUUACAUCACUGAUGGAAGUUGUGAGCAGGAGUGCAAGGAGUCUCCGACAGCUCGCACGUCAUGACGUUAUGGAUACAGAGACACGGGAGACCGUCCCCCCCGUGUUGACUGUGGAACAAAACUCAAAACUGGAUGCCCCCUCCCGCAAUUGGAACGGCAAAAUCAGAACUUCAGAGGCUGUCAGACAGUGCGGAAAAGUCGGAGCUUGGAUCGCUGGUUUUUAUGAUCCUAACAAACAUUACUCCACACCGAGUGUGGUGUUGGGCCACAUCACAGCGUUUGCGAAGCUGGAGUGGAGGCCAGGGCAGCGGAGCCCGGUCGCCAGCGUCUUUGUCGUUCCAGUGACACAGGCACCCAUAUGGGAGAGCUACGGACACGCCCCCCGUCCCCCCCCCUCUGGCUUACACUCCGUGGCAAGCGCGCACUUAAAGCGUUACUUAGAAUGUUGAAGUGCGGAAGCUGCGAGCUGCCCCAGCUGCCAGGGAAGCGUUACAAGCACUUUCAAUUUACCGCGCAUCAAACGCCACGGCGGCACUCACCGGAGGACAAGAGACGGCAAGUGCUGCCGUGCCACUCACUCUCUGUACAAAGAGAUGGAUAUGAAUAUAACAUGAGCGUUUUUUUUUUCCUCACAGAUUCAUCAGCAACUUUCUACUAUGCUUUUUGCUUGACUGGAUGAUUUUAAAGGCCAAACCACAGUGAACAACAGCCAAUCGGCUGGCGGGUGAGAAUCCAGCCUAUGGAUUACUGCGGCAAGGGUCCUUAGCUAAUUGGACAUUAUGGGAAAGUGCACUGGCCAAUCAGAAUCACUCAUUGAAGAUUCACCGCCUUUUUAAUUUCCUAGCUAGGGAUGCCCAUUUUCUAAAUUGUGUCAUUUUAUAGUGUCCCUACUUCGUUUGCGUUUUUGUAAAUUAAGUGGUUGAUGUGACUCCUUGUUUCAAUAACCCUCCCCUAACUCGUCCAGGUCAUCUGCCUUUUGUACCCACAGCUGUACAUAAAACAAUCUGGAUUUCCUACUCAA